CUUGCUCCUGGCAUGCGGAGACACGCGAGAAACUGACAGCCAGCCGCCGAACAAGUUUUCACCGCUCGCUGGAAGGAAAAAAACAAACUUCUACUCACGUUCACUGCUGUUUCUCCCGGUUUUUCUGUACCCACCUUCACUCGGACACCAUGCCGCGGUCUUUCCUGAUCAAAAAGAAGCUUCACCAUGCCACCAAGAAGCCGAGAUUCGACGACUCAGUGAUCAAACCGUUCCCUGAGUUGGCAGCGACCGUGGAGCCGGGGUUGGUGGUGCCCCCGCCCGCCGUUUGGCCCGUCCCGCUGUGCUACCCGUCGGACGCCGCGGCCGCCAUGGAGCUGGGCGGGCUGCCGCCGCUCCCACUCUCUCCGGAGCCGCCAGCACGGGCCUCGCCGCCGCUACCGAUGGAGGCCGAGCUCCCCGGCGGGGAGACCUCGCACGGCAAGCCGCUGAAGAAGCGCACACCCUCCGGUGGUGGUAGCGACCAGUCGCGGUACCAGUGCCCGCAGUGCGCUAAGUCGUACUCUACCUACAGCGGACUCACCAAGCACAAGCAGUUCCACUGCGUGACCCAGAGCAAGAAGGCGUUCAACUGCAAGUACUGCGACAAGGUGUACGUCUCCCUGGGCGCGCUGAAGAUGCACAUCCGCACCCACACGCUGCCCUGCAAGUGCAAGAUCUGCGGGAAGGCGUUCUCCCGACCGUGGCUGCUCCAGGGGCACGUACGGACACACACGGGCGAGAAGCCGUUCGCGUGCCCGCACUGUUCCCGCGCCUUCGCCGACCGCUCCAACCUCCGCGCCCACCUCCAAACGCACUCCGACAUCAAGAAGUACAGCUGUAAGAACUGCUCCAAGACGUUCUCGAGAAUGUCUCUCCUCACAAAGCACGAAGAAGCGGGCUGCUGUCUUCCCAACCACUAGUCUAGAGAGACUUUCUGAUGUGUAUAUGGACAAACAAACUCGUGUACAGAGAGAGAGAGAACAUAGACUUUUUCGUGAACUUCAUGUGAGAAAACAAACAGGACAUUCCGAGUUCGGAAACUACAUGUUUAAGUUGAGAAACCGCGCUACGAAAGUGCCAGGAUUACCGACAAAACUUUGUUUGUUUACUUGUUGUUGUUAUUAUUUAUGACGUACCGUAAACACGGUAUUCUACUUGUUUUUGGUUCUUCCGAGGGUGGAAUAUGCCCUACCCAACCGCCAAGGUCGCUCGUUUCCGUUUCCAGAUGUGUUCCGGUCCGGUUUGAUUCAAUGGAUUCCGGCUUUUACGUCCACCCAGACGGUAAAGAUAAUUACAUACAUACACAGUUACACCACAUCUGUUAGUUGGAAACUAGUGGAUAUUUCCAAACUGUACCGCUGUUUUUUGACUUGUUAAAGUUGUUUUCAUCACGCCAGUAUGAUUCGCUUUGUAACGCCAAAACCACGGGGGUGCGGUCUCACGUUCUGUGGCCCGCAUGCCGACACAGCUAGCUCGUUCUUUAUACUUUUCACACACACGACGUUGUGGAAAUAAUUAUGACUUGCGAACUGCAAAAGUGAUUUGAACUUCUGUUGUUGUUGUUGCCAUGUUGUGUAGGCGCGUGUUUUGAUCAGGUUACCGAGAGGCGGUGAGAAAGUGUAAAUAUUUCCGCUUGCUCUGUGCCGAAAUCGGACAAUAAUUAUUUCCGCGCCCGGUUUAGAAAUUCAGAACACCGGACCCAGAUGUGGCACCCGACCCGCGGGUCACGCUAGCCUCGCUCUCCAGACUUCCUGUACGGCUUCACAAAACCCUAAUAGCAGUCAGCCAAUCAGACAAAAUAGCCUCGUAGUUUCUAUACGAGAUAUGGAUUUUUGAAAGAGAGUGUGUAUUCGGCUAACUGCUUUGUUGUUGCCCGUGAAGAAGACUGGAGAUCGAGACUAUGAGGAAUCAUUCGGAAACGAUUUUCUUGUUGUUGAGUUGAAUACUUGUUUAUUUCAACAUUGAGUUAUUAUUUAUAACUUUGUAUAUUUCUGUACAGAUUUUUACCAGAGAUUAACGCCCUAUGUUCAGGAAACAGAGAGAGAUGUUAUGUUUCUAUUAUUGAGUAACAAAACUUUUGUUAUGGAAUAAAAGCCCUUGUUCCGA